CACACACACACACACCUUAUAUUGGCUAUUCCUUUGGAUGACUUCCCUUUGGGCUUACUUUAAUGCCAGCUUGUCAGUCAUAAUAAUUGAUAAUAAAAGCAAGCUGAAGUACAGUCAUGGUGUACAAGCCAUAACAACCCAAACUAACACAAUUUGAAAAGUCUUCCCCUCAUAUUUGCAUUCGUCCCUGCAUUAUUCAUCUCUAUGGUUCAGAGGUCUCAGGCUGGAACAUUCUGUUGAGUGAGGAGCAAAUCAAAAGUUUGAAACUACUUGUGUGUGUGUGUGUGUGUGUUUUUUCCUCUAACCUUAAACUACCAGAGGUGAAAUAAUCUAGAAAAUGGCCAGUAAUCCCAGCAGAUAAACAACCCAUGCGAGUGCAGCUGCUGCCUUGGUAGCCAAUUCUCUCCCACACAAAAGGAAGGCCAGACUGAGAUGUGUCUUCCUGUGACCUUGAGGAAAAUGAAGUCUUUUGAAAUGGAAGGGUCUAGCAUUGGAAGCCUGGAGUAAGGAGAGACACGGAAGAAAGGAGGGAAGGGAAAAUACAAAAAUCCUGCACUCCAUUUGAAAGAAAAUAAAGCAAUACGUUGUGACACUGGAGCAGUAUACAUGCAGUGAGUGCUGUUGCAAGCUGAUACAGCCUCUGUUACCUUGAGCUACAGUUAUAUUGUGAUCAUACAGAGCGAUGGAAACGACCGUGCCUGGAGGGAACAGUCCGUCUAACCUCGGCCAAACGACCACCGACUGCCAAAGUGUUUACCGGUCAAACUCAGAGUGCGCCAAUACUUUUACUCCAGUAGGCUGCGUGCCACUUGUCAGCCGAGCAGUCUGUCAGUGGGGGAAUAAAUAGCUUCACUUAUACUCUGUGAACUCCUGAGGAGCAAACUAAACCAACGUCUCAGACUUGUCUUUACAUCUUUUAUCCACUCAGUUUGGACAGAUGAACAAGCAUGAGCAUCAAGAAAUCAAUGAUCCAACCAGAAGAGACUAAUCUGGAGUAGAUGUCAACGCUCUUGCAAGAACCAAAGUAUCUGCAACCUCGACAAAACUCUCAAACUUCCUUUCAUUAGUUUGAAAUUGUAUAAUGUGUCCAUGUCUCUUUGUGCUACUUUGAUUUUCUGAACCAUUGUGGACAGAAAGUUGUGCUCUCCUUUGGUAUGCACUUACAAUCAAUACGUAAAUGUACUAAAAGCUUCAUAUUUAUCCAGACCUUUUCCCUUUUUUUAGCUCAAUCAAUUGCGGCCGCAACAAGAAAAGAUUGCUGUGCACCCCCAAGACCAAGGUGGCCGGCACUCAGUACGAGCACACUGUAGGUAGCAUGGACCUUUUUAAAAGAUACAAAAGGUCACAGUAGGCCUUGGUUAUUGAGAAUAAAUGCAUCUGAACCACAUUUCAACAGGAAUAAAAGAGGUAUUGAGCUGCAGAGGAGAGGCCAGACGUCCUCUGGCGAUGGUGCAGUCAGGGUCUUUGAAAAUCAUAUCAAGCUCUAUUCCAAAGCCCCAAAAAACAUAAACAUUGAUUGCAACGUUGACAGAAAGCUGUUUUCUCUCAAUGCCUAAUAGGUAUCCGAAGACGGCACAUGUCAUGGUGAUCAGUGAGCUUGCUCUAAAUGGUCCACGGAUGAUGUCAAGCAGGGUAGUUUUAGUUUGACCAUUACAGCUUUUCUAUGGCGAACACAUCAGUUUUGUUAUCUUGAUUAUUGCAUCCCAGCACAACAACUUCACAAAUCAGCAGUCUGCAUUUAUUCUAAUGUGUUUCAGAAAAGUGGACACGGCAUGUAUGGCAGAAGCAGUAUUUGCUUUGGAUUAAGCUACUAAAUCCCCAAUUGUGUUUUCAAAAUAGAAAACCAAAGUGUCUAACCUUCUCAACCUGAAAAAAGAAAUUGAUAAAAAGAAAAUCCGGUUUCAUCUCGAGGGCAACUUAAUACGAUGGGCUUCAACGACAAGCUGUACUCCUAAUACAUCUUUAAACAAGAACGGGCACUCGGUAGAGCGCAUACCUUCGCAUAUCACAAGAUUGGACAUUGAAUUAUGAACAUUUUGGCAUUAGUUGCAUGCCAAUUGGAUAAAAAUUGACCGUGCUAUGGUAAAAAGAAGAUGUUGACCUUUUCAUGACCUUGACCUUUGACCCGAUUGAUCCUAAAAUCUAAUCAAAUGGUCCCCGGAUAAUAACCAAUCAUCCCACCUAAUUUCAUGCGAUUCGGUUGAAUACUUUUUGUGUUAUGCGAAUAACACGCAUACAAAGAAAUAAAUAAAUAAAUACACGGCGAUCAAAACAUAACCUUCCGCAUUUUCAAUGCGAAGGUAAAAAGGGCCAGUCUUUCAAAUUACUCUAUUCACUGAGUGAGUGAGCAUCUAUUAAUAGCAAAACAUCUACAGUAUAUUUUCUUUUUUACUUUGUACUGUGCUUUGGGAAAAAGGAAAUCUAGGCCGGUCUCCGGUGAUUAACCUCCAGAGUUCAUUUGUAUUCAUGAACAAACCCACACAAAAGAGCAACAAGCCUGCCAUCUAAAAUAUACUCCACUUAGUCCAAGGUGCUCAUAAAAACCUGUACAUCCAAGUGCUGAACUGAAUUAUAAAAUGUCCUGAACAUGAAUGACUGACGAAUGAGACUCAAAAUGGCCACAACAUGUAGCUUUAUAAGUUACGAAUAUAAAUUGCCAAAAAUGGGAUAUUGAGGGGGAAAGCCCAUGGGGGCCAUGUAUGUGUGGUGGAAUGAUGUUUAAUCACGUGUAAUAAAAAAAAUGUUUUAGCAUAUUAAUUACAUGCUUGAAUUAUAUUGUCUCUUCAUGUAUAAUAUGACAUAUUAGUACAGAGUCUAUUUUAACACCAGAGCAUGAGUAGGUGGAUCAGUUCAGCAAAGUGGAGAAACACACACGAAGGAAGCCAUGAAAUUGAGAUUGGCAUUGUCUUGUGACAAAAAGCUUGGUAUUAUCUAUGUGUAAAGACGCCCUAAGCAAUGAGGAAAUAAAUCAGAUUGAGUUCCUCCAGUUGAUUAGGACGGUAAUCUGGGACAAAGUCGUUGACACAAACUGAGUAAAUGUGAGCCAUGUGAUCGGAGCAGGUGUGCCUACGUGAGUUUUAAUGUUUUGAGCAACAGUCAAGUGGAGCCUGACUGCAGUGAUCCUCCUCUCUGUCUGGGAUGAAGUGGGACUGAUGGACGUAAGCACGGGCUACAGGAAGAUAAAGUAAUAGAGAGGAUGUGCUACCAUAAGGUAACAAAAUACGGUGUAACACCACCUCGGGCACGCCCACCUCUCAACUCCCGGAACUUCUUCAACCAAUCAGAGUACAGCUGUAGUCGACGCGUGCUCCGCUCAACCCCGGAGGUCAACGCCGGGAAACAACGGGCGAGUUUCCGCUGUGUCCUCCAAGUGAAUUGAACCGCCAACAAAAGGUAACACUCCACGUGAGAGAUGGCUCGAGAGAAGGACGCUAAAGAAGAAGGAGAAGGAGGGGCCAAGCCAAAAGCAGUGAAGGUGAAAAGGCCGAGUGACAAUGAAAGAGCUGGUAACCGGGGAGAUGCGAGUAAGAACAGCUCAAAGUCAACUAAAGCUACAGAGAAAACUGAAAAUGGAAAGUCUCUUAACAAGGUCAAGACACCUAAGACUGAAGCACUGGAGUCAGCCAGCAGGGAGUCUCUGAAACAGGAACCAGAGGAUGAUGACUUCGCUGCAAAGGAAAAAGGAUUGAAAAGGAAAAGAAUUAAAGAUGAGUCCAUGGAAGGACCUUCACACUCUGCUUCUUCACCGACUACCUCAAAGAAGAAAAAUAAGCGACAUGGGCAGGAAGAAGAAAAUGACAGAGAAGCUCGGAAAAGGAAAUCCAAGGAAAGAAGAGAAAAGACGGUAAAGAAAGAGGAGCAGACGGUAAAGAAAGAGGAAGGAGAGCAUCCAGUCUCAAUAAAAGCAAAGAGGACAAAAGUGGAAAUUGAGGAGGCAAGACAGUUGAAGAUCAAAAAGAAGGAGGAGGAGGAGCAGAGCCGCUGGAGAUGGUGGGAGGAAGAGAAGUAUGAAGAUGGGGUGAAAUGGAAGUUUCUAGAACAUAAUGGACCAUGCUUCCCGGCCGAGUACCAGCCUCUGCCAAGCAACGUUCACUUCCUCUAUGACGGUAAGAAGGUGAAGCUGAGCCUGGAAGCUGAAGAGGUGGCGUUUUUCUUUGCCCAGAUGUUGGACCACGAGUACACCACCAAGAAGGUGUUCCGGGAGAACUACUUCAAAGAUUGGAGGAAGGAAAUGACCAAUGAGGAGAGGUCGCUGAUUAAAGAUCUCGACAAGUGUGACUUUGGAGAGAUCCAUGCCAUGCACAAAGCCAAAGUGGAGGCCAGGAAGAAUAUGACCAAAGAGGAGAAACUGGUUUUGAAAGAAGCCAACCAGAAGGUUGUGGAUGAAUAUGGCUACUGUCUGCUGGACCACCACAAAGAGCGUAUUGGCAACUUUAAGAUUGAGCCUCCGGGGCUGUUCCGGGGUCGGGGCGAGCAUCCGAAACAGGGCAUGCUGAAGAAGAGGAUCCAACCAGAGUAUGUCAUCAUCAACUGCAGCAAAGAAGCCCGCAUCCCUGAGCCGCCUGCUGGCCACCGUUGGAAGGAGGUUCGACGUGACAACUCUGUGACAUGGCUGGCCAGCUGGACUGAGAACAUCCAGGGCUCCAUUAAAUACAUCAUGCUGAAUGCCAACUCCAAACUCAAGGGGGAGAAGGACUGGGAGAAAUACGAGAUUGCCCGAAAACUGAAGUUGUGCGUCGACGACAUCCGUAACCAGUACGGCCAGGACCUCAAGUCCAAACAGAUGGUGACGCGACAAAGAGCAGUGGCCCUCUACUUCAUAGACAAGCUGGCACUGAGAGCUGGUAAUGAGAAGGAGGAAGGAGAGACGGCCGACACGGUUGGUUGCUGCUCGCUACGCGUGGAGCACAUCACCCUCCACGAGAAACUGGAAGGCAACGAGUGUGUGGUGGAAUUUGACUUCCUCGGUAAAGACUCCAUUCGCUACUACAACAAGGUCCCCGUCAUCACCAAGGUUUUUAAGAAUCUUAAGCUGUUCCUGGAGAACAAACAGCCUGGAGACGACCUCUUUGACCGCCUCAAUACAGGCAUGCUGAACAAGCACCUGGCGUCUCUAAUGGCCGGUCUGAGUGCCAAGGUCUUCAGGACGUACAACGCCUCCAUCACCUUACAGCAGCAGCUCAAGGAGCUCACAAACAAGUCUGACAAUGAGCCAGAGAAACUGCUGUCCUACAACAGGGCCAACAGGGCAGUUGCCAUUCUGUGUAACCACCAGCGGGCGCCGCCAAAGACCUUUGAUCAGUCUAUGGCGAACCUUCAGGCCAAGAUUGAUGCUCGAAAGGAAACACUGGCCCUCGAAAAAACGGAGCUGAAACAGGCCAAGAAGGAGGCGAAGACCAGAAGCAGUUCAGACCCCAAGCUGCAGAAUCUGGUGGAGCGCAAGAAGGCGGCCGUGAAGCGCUGCGAGGAGCAGCUGCUGAAGUUGGAGCUCCAGGCGACCGACAGGGAGGAAAACAAACAGAUUGCACUGGGCACCUCCAAGCUCAACUACCUGGACCCGCGCAUCAGUGUGGCGUGGUCCAAGAACACGGAGGUACCGAUAGAAAAGAUCUACAAUAAGAGCCUCAGGGACAAGUUUGCGUGGGCCAUCGACAUGACGGAGGAGGACUUUGAGUUCUAACUUUGAUGAGUGGAUAUUAAAAUGCAAUCAAGGAACCAUUCACUUAACAAUACAUACAGAACUUUAAUAAUGCAUUCAGAAUAUGUUCACUACUAAUUUUUUACGUUUUGCUGACUGCUGUUCAGUUCCGCUUGAUGCUUUAUUUUGUUGUUCAUUUGUUUCGUUUGCACUAAUUUGAAUAAAGGUUCCUGCUGUGCAGUUAAGUGACACUUUUGAGCACAUUGUUGCAAUAACCUCUAAUAUCGACCGUCGACAGUAAAUUCCAAAUUUCCCAGCCUAGUCUUAACAAUUUAUAAUGUAUUGAAAUGACAGUUGACGAUCUAGACCCCCAAAAAAUGCAACAGACAUUUCAGACUCUGGCUUUAAGAAAUAUACAUACAGAAAAACAAUGAGCACCUGGGAAUUAUAUUAUAUUUUCAAAUUCACUCUGCACCUGGCCAAAUAUUUAUUAUGUAAUACAUGACAAAGCAUUGUAUUAAAUGGCUUUAAGAAGAACAUCAGUUGAAAUUGGAACGUGUCCCACAGCUCGGCCCAUCGGUGCCGUUUUUAAACAACCACAGGCGUCGGGUGGGCACGGUGCCCACCCCCGUGUUGGUAGGAUGGAUCUCCACUGGCCUGAGCCUGCAGGUCGUACUCGGCACUGGCCAGGACGAAGCUGUCCCCAUCAGCCAUCACUUUAUUCAUUACGAUCUAUGAUGGCGGAGAAAUAACAUCUGGGUCGCUGCAUAAAGAUCCCUCAAGUUGCAUCCUGCACCUGUUUCUGAAGAGCACAUCACACUAUCCUAUUACAAAUGAAGUUAAACUUCUUAAUGUAAUUACAUAACUAACCGUUUAUUACAAUAU